GAUCAGAAUCCUUGAAAGUUGAAUCGGAUAAAACUGGAUGAACGUAAGACGAUAACGAAUAUUCCUUCACCACCAAACGAAGUCAGUUAAAACUCAAAAGAUUAUCUUCCGCACGCCUUCAGUUUUUACUUUUCUUCUUCACAUUUUUUCAAACACUUGACCUGCAAGAAGACCAAAAUGCUGAAAACUCCAAUUCAGUAAUUCGACAAUCCGAUCAAAAAACAGUAUGGGAGAUCAGAUGGUGAAAGGCGAGGAAUUCGAGAGAAAAGCUGAGAAGAAGAUUACUGGUUGGGGUUUAUUUAGUUCUAAGCACGAGGAUGCUGCUGAUCUCUACCAAAAAGCUGCCAAUUCCUUUAAACUCGCCAAAUCAUGGGAUAGAGCUGCAAUGGUCUAUAUUAAAUUGGCUAACUGUAAUUUGAAGUUGGGUAGCAAGCAUGAAGCAGCGAGUGCUUACGUGGAUGCUGCAAAUUGCUAUAAGAAAACGUCCCCCAAACAGGCUAUAUCAUGUUUAGAUCAGGCUGUGACUAUAUUUUUGGAAAUCAGCAGACUCAACAUGGCUGCACGGUAUUGCAAGGACAUUGGCGAAUUGUACGAGCAGCAAGAGAACUUUGACCAAGCAGUUGUGUAUUUCGAGCGCUCUGCAGACCUUUUUCAGACUGAGGAAGUGACAACAUCUGCAAAUCAGUGCAGGCUGAAAGUUGCACAAUUUUCUGCUCAGUCAGGGAAAUAUCCUAAGGCAAUCGAAAUAUAUGAAGAAAUAGCACGGCACUCUCUAAAUAAUAAUUUAUUGAAGUAUGGAGCUAGAGGCCAUCUUCUUAAUGCUGGAAUUUGCCAACUAUGUAAAGGAGACGUUGUUGCAAUAACCAAUGCAUUGGAAAAAUAUCAGGACAUGGAUCCUACGUUCUCAAGGACACGGGAGUACAAACUCUUAGCUGAUUUGGCUGCUGCAGUUGACGAGGAAGAUGUUGCAAAAUUCACAGCUGCUGUGAAGGAGUUCGAUUCUAUAAGCCGGCUGGAUGCUUGGAGGACGACUCUUCUCUUGCGAGUAAAGGAAACGCUGAAAGCUAAAGAACUUGAAGAGGAUGAUCUGACGUGAUAGAAGUGUUGAUAUUCGGCACUUUUUCCUUUUUAAAUACAAAAUAACAUAUCAAGGAACUUAUUAAUAUCAUAAUCAUUGUUAUUAUUAUCGUUAUUAUUUUGGAACUUAUAGAGUUCUGUGUUUUUUUAUUUUUUCCUUCUACCUCGUUAGCUUUGAAGGCAUUCAUAAACUUCAUAAGAUAUGUAUAGUACUUGAAGAUUUUCAUUUGAAUAAUGAACUUCUUUCUAUUAAUAAUUAUUAUAUUUUGUUGCA